UCUAAUUUCUUCAAUACUCAUUUCUUGCUAGAAUUUAAAUCAAAAGUGGAAAAAUGUGGUCAUAAACAUACAUUUAUACACAAACCGAAGACCAAUUGCAACUCACUAUAGUAUCUCAGAAGACAGGACAUGACACAAUCAUUGGAUCUCAUGAUUAUUAGUAUUUCAGUAACACUUCACAUUUUUAUUUUUAGUUGAUGCAUUAAGAAUGAUGGCAACAUUACCAUUAGAUUUGUUAAGAAAAAUAUGUGAGAGAUCACAAACUGACAAACUUUUUUUCAGCAUCCACUAAUCCAUAUCCAUGCUAAUUUAAGAAUACACAGUUGUUCAUUCAAUAAACUAUUAAUGUUUGUUGAUGAUACAUUGAUAACAUUAACUUAUUUAACUUAGUUAAAAUGUAAGUAUUAAUAUAUGCAGAAAUGAACAUUAAAUUUAACUAGAUUAAAUACCAUAAAAAUUAUUCACUGUUAGUUCAUGAUACCUAAAGCAUAACUUAAUCAUAACAAAAUGAACAUUAUUGUAAGGUAUUACCAGAAUUUUUUAAGUGUUUCUAGAUUCACAUUCUUUUUAACUAAUGUAAAUCGUAGAAAAAUAUAAUCAUUUGUCCUAAAAUAAACGUGAACACUAAGAUCUACAUGCCAAGCUUUACCUAGAAUGGCCUCUAUUCCAACUUGCACAGUCAGGAAUUGACUAACAAUAGGUGCUGUGUAGUCUUUAGUCUUGGUCUAGUAUAAAAGCACAGGCGACAGCAGUCAGUCAACAACCAGAAUCAGCUUCAGCUUCUCCUUUGUGGAACUACUGAGGAUCAGCCAGCGCAACCAUGAAGGUCACCUUUUUUGAGGACAGGAACUUCCAGGGUCGCUCCUACGACUGUAUGGGCGACUGUGCCGAUAUGCACUCCUACAUGAGCCGCUGUCACUCUUGCAGAGUGGAGAGCGGAUGCUGGAUGAUGUAUGAUCAUCCCAACUACAUGGGAAAUGGGUAUUUCUUCAGGAGGGGCGAGUACGCUGAUUACAUGUCUAUGUUUGGAAUGAGCAACUGCAUCAGGUCCUGCCGUAUGAUCCCCAUGUACAGGGGAUCCUACAGAAUGAGGAUCUACGAGAGGGAGAACUUCAUGGGUCAGAUGAAUGAGAUCAUGGAUGACUGUGACAACAUCAUGGACCGUUACCACAUGUCUCACUGCCAGUCCUGUCAUGUGAUGGACGGCCACUGGCUCAUGUAUGAGCAGCCCCACUACAGAGGCAGGAUGUGGUACUUCAGGCCUGGAGAGUACAGGAGCUUCAGCAAUAUGGGUGGCAUGAGAUUCAUGAGCAUGAGGCGUAUCAUGGACUCUUGGUACUAG